AUGGCGUCCGUUGGUUUCAUCGACCUGCCACUGCAGGAGCAGAUCGGCCUCAUCGAGCAGCACGAAGCCACACACCGUCUUUCCAGCCUCGACAACGCCGUCGCUUUCGAACUGGGUUCGCUAAUCCGCACUUUCUUCCUUGCCAAGUACGACGCGGCGAAAGAGGGCAUCGUGAUCUCGAUCGCGCUCUUCUCUGGACACACGCUCUUCUCGUGCGCCGUUGGCAACCCACGAAAGCUUGGGCCCGACAACUGGGACUGGGUCAGGAGAAAGGCUAACACCGUCAGAAGGUUCGGUCUGUCCAGUUUUCUCGUUGGCCGCACUCGCUUGCUCAAGGGCAAAGAGCUCGACGGGCUAGGACCCGACUAUGCUGCUCAUGGCGGUGGUUUUCCAAUCAACGUCGAGGGAUGCAGCGCAGGGCCAGUCGGCGCAAUCGUCGUGUCCGGCCUGAAGCAGGAGGACGACCACUAUCUCAUUGUCAACGCGCUCGCUGAUUUCCAGAAGAAGGAUCAGAUCUAG